GAGGAAGAAGAAUGCAGCAGUCAAGACAAGAGCAGUGAAGUGAAGGGAACUAGGAAGGGGACGUUUGAGAAAGCGAGGAGAGGAGAUGCCCAUCAAAAAGAAACUUUAAAAAGAAUCGCUCGCCUCCUUCCCUUCCCCUUCUUCCUCUUUUUCCUUCUUUUUUUAUUCUUCCUCCCAGCCUCUUCUCCACCUUUCUUCUUCUUCUUCUUCUUCUUCUUCUUCUUCUUCUUCUUCUAUAGUUCUGUCUUUGUAUUUACUUUUGUUAUCUUCAAUCCAAAUCUCUUAUUUUUGUAGCCGUCGACGACAGAAGAGAUCGAGGUCUGUUAGAGUGUGUGUUGUGUCCAGGUGUUGAAUCAUCUCCUUGCGGUGCUGCUUUGGGGGCGAUGACGAGUUCCUCGUCUGGGCCUGGCAACAGCUGCCAUUACUCCUUCAAGAUACUCCUGAUCGGUGAUACCGGCGUCGGCAAGAGCAGCCUUCUCGUGUCCUUCAUAUCCAACCACCUCGUAGAUCUGGACCUCUCUCCAACCAUCGGAGUGGAUUUUAAGAUAAAACAUCUUACAAUUGCUGAUAAAAAGUUAAAGCUCACAAUUUGGGACACCGCUGGACAGGAAAGGUUUAGAACGUUAACUACUUCAUAUUAUAGAGGAUCUCAAGGAAUAAUACUAGUUUAUGAUGUGACGAAGCGAGAUACUUUUACUAAUAUUGCUGAUGUGUGGAUCAAAGAAAUAGAAUUGUAUGCAACAAACCACAACUGUGUGAAAGUGCUUGUUGGAAAUAAAGCUGACAAGGAGUCUGAACGAAUGGUGACAAGUGAAGAGGGGAUGGCCUUUGCAAAUGAAUAUAAAUGUUUGUUUCUAGAGUGCAGUGCAAAAACAAGAUCCAACGUAGAAAGAUGCUUUGAAGAACUGGCAUUGAAGAUCUUGGAAGUUCCUGAACUGCUCAAGGAGGGAUCUGCUCCAGCAAAAAGAAAUAUCCUAAAACAGAAACAGGACCAACGAGCAAACCACCAAGGAGGCUGUUGUUCAUAGUUGAGUUUAUUUUUUCUUUAGUGAUGAAUGUCGUGAGACGCAGAUGUAUCCAUUACUACAAUGAACUGAGUUUGUAAAUGAGUGUGUCAGUGUAGCUUUGUCUUGUGGAUGUGCAACAUUGUUUGGAGAUUCAGAAAGAAGAGAUGUGAACUAAAAGAUAAUUGUGGAUGCAUGUAUCCGAUGAUAAUUCGAUCAUUUGUAUGUAUCACUGUGGCUGAUUACAUUACAAGUGUAUUUGGAUGCA